ACACAAGAAGAACCGAGCGGCUGCCAGUGAGCUGCUGGCGAGGCUGAAGGACAACAGAGACCUGCAGAGGUUCCUGCAGGACUGCCAGGAGCUGUCCCUGUGGAUCAACGAGAAGAUGCUGACGGCUCAGGACAUGUCGUACGACGAGGCCAGGAACCUUCACAGCAAGUGGCUGAAACACCAGGCCUUCAUGGCCGAGCUGCAGUCCAACAAGGAGUGGCUGGACAAGAUCGACAAGGACGGGAAGGCUCUGAUGGCGGAGAAGCCGGAGACGGGGGCCAUGGUGCAGGAGAAGCUGGCGUCCCUGGUGAAGAUGUGGGAGGAUCUGGAGUCCACCACGCAGACCAAAGCCAAGUGUCUGUUCGACGCCAACAAGGCGGAGCUGUUCACGCAGAGCUGCGCCGACCUGGACAAGUGGCUCGCCGGCAUGGACGGGCAGCUGCAGUCCGACGACUACGGCAAGGACCUGACCUCCGUCAACAUCCUGCUGAAGAAGCAGCAGAUCCUGGAGAGCCAGGUGGAGGUGCGUCAGAAGGAGGUGGGGGAGCUGCAGCACCAGAGCCAGGCGCUCAGUCAGGAGGGGAAGGGCUCGGAGGAGGUGGACGGCCAGAGGAUCAGCGUGGAGACCAAGCUGCAGGCCCUGCAGGCGCCGCUGCAGCAGAGGAGGGAGAACCUGAUGUCCUCCAGGGAAAUCCACCAGUUCAACAGAGACGUGGAGGACGAGAUCGUGAGUACAGCAGACAGGAAGUGGAGUGGGUUAGACUGA